CCCGCCGCCGCCGGACCCCGUCAUGGCGGAUUUGAUCCUCAACGUGGACUUCGCCCCUUCGGAGCGUCCCGGGAAGAAGGAGACCGGUAACCGAAAGCACAAGAGCUUCCUGCAGCGGCGGCGGACGCUGGAACGGCGGGGUGUGCUGAAGCAGAAGCAGCUGCCGGUGGCCCAGCCGCCGCCCGGGAGGGGCUCCCGGCAAAAACCGGGCCCCAGGGGCAGGAGGAACAAGAAGCAGGAGGCAGCGACCAGGAAAGGCCCGGAAAAACUGACCUCUAUCCAGCCCAAACCCUGCCCCAAAGUGAACGGUCCCGCUUCCAUUGCCCAGCCCAGUGCGACCGGCUGUCCUGGUUCCAAAGGAACGGGCUUGUCCUCGAAACCAAAGACGACAGCCUGGGGCACGGCUAAGAGAAACCAAAAAGGCCCCAGCUUCCCCCCGCAGCCCACCAAACUGGUGGCUAUAGACUGUGAGAUGGUGGGCACGGGGCCCGGCGGGCGUACCAGCGACCUGGCCCGUUGCAGCAUCGUGGGCUACCAGGGCGACGUCAUGUACGACCAGUACAUCCGUCCCACUGCUCCCAUCGUGGACUACCGCACCCGCUGGAGCGGCAUUCGGCAGCAGCACAUGGUGAACGCCAUCCCCUUCGGCAAGGCCCAGCGAGAGAUCCUGCGCAUCCUCUCUGGGAAGAUCGUGGUCGGCCAUGCCAUCUACAACGAUUUCAAGGCGCUCAAGUACUUCCACCCCAAAGCGCUCACCCGGGACACGUCCAAAAUCCCUUUGCUGAACCGUAAGGGUGGUUUCCCUGAGAACAUCUCCAUCUCCCUGAAGCGCCUCACCAAGGAGCUGCUGCACAAGGACAUCCAGGUCGGGAAGAGCGGUCACUCCUCGGUGGAGGACGCCCGAGCCACCAUGGAGCUCUACAAGGUGGUGGAGGCAGAGUGGGAGCAACACCUGAUGCUGAACCCCAAGCAGGAGUGACGGCCCUGCAGCCUGGUCCUGCACCCCAAAAGGGACCCAGAGGCCAUGGGGAGGAGCAGCGAGCACCAAACGGCCGCUCCAUCUGUCCAGGCAAGGUAGUGGGGACGGACAGACGGUGGGAGCAUGGAGCCAGGCGCAGGCGUCCCUUGUCCCUGUGCCCUCGACGUGCCUUGUUACGCUGCUCUGUCCUCCCCCAGGGACGCAGGGGAGAGAGAGCUGGAGCCAGCCUGUGCCUUCCCAGUGGUGUGGGGGUGUCUCUCAGGUCCUGCAUCCCCCCCCAGAACAGCUCGGUGGUGCCAGUAACACAGUGGGGCCCAAGCCAGAGCGAGGCUGCGGGUCUGGAUGUGGUGUUGGGGCUCUGCCGGCUGCACUUGCUCGAUCCCUGGAGGAAUCAGUGCCCAGGGUGAGCUCCUUCCCCUCCCGGUUUUUCUUUUUUGCAAAACUACCUCUUGACAAGGGCAGGAACCACCAAAGGGCUCUGGGCUGUGGCGGGGGUGUGGGUGCGGGCAGCACCCAACGGGUGGGAAGCAGAUUGUGCCGGAAAGUCCCCGCUCUGAUUUUGGAGCUGCUCACCCUCAAUGAUUUGGGUGCCAUCUUCCUUGUUGUGUAAGUGCUGCUGCAAAUGAGUGGGCCGGGACAAGCCCGGGCAUGGGGAACCAGUGUCACUGGGUCCGCCUGCGCCGUGCCGCCCUGCGCAGUGCCCCCCAUCCUGGGGACGCCAUGUCCUUCACAGAUGCCUCCAAACCCCGACAUGCGACGUGCGGUUGUUCCCUGAACUCUUGAACAUGCCCUGAGUUCUUGGUCUGCCCCGGGGAGGGGGGGUUGCUUUUAGCUUAAAUGUUUAUGUACAAAAUCCCAAUUAAAAAGAAAUGAUUAA